AUGAAGCGUCCAUCAACUCAAAGAGCACCAGCAACUGUCAACAAAGGUGGUAACAGUAUGAUGAAAUUUUACUCUGAAGAUGCUAUUGGUUUAAAAGUUGGUCCAACUGCUGUUCUUUUUAUGAGUUUAAUUUUUAUUGCUUUUGUCAUUAUUUUACACAUCAUGGGAAAAUACACCAGAUCAUAG